AGGAGAGCCUACAGACACCCCAGCUCCAGCCUCGCUCGUGGAUCUCUCGGCCUUCCCAGCACCAUGAGGGUCCUUGCAGCUGCCCUGGCUGUUCUACUCCUUGUGGCCAUCUGCUCCCUGGCUGAGGCUGAUCUCAGAGUCUCCAGGAGUGCUCCAUCUUUCAAGAAUGCCGAAAGCAGCCCCUGCUGCUUGUCCUACGUUUCACGCCCCGUUGCUCGCAGCGUGAUCAGCUCUGCCUACAUGACCAGCAAAACCUGCCCAAGGCCAGCUGUGGUCCUGAUCACCAGGAAGGGGACACAGCUGUGUGCAGACCCCAGUGCCAGCUGGGUGCAGAAAUUCUUGGAGGACAUGAAGCUUUAGAAGUACUGACUCGUCCCUGCUGCUGCUCCAGGGCAGUGGGCUCAACUCCCACCAUGAGACUGCAAUAAGAGUGCUUGAGCUGCAUCCUUCUUCAAAGGGAAAAUUUAUUACAAUUUCCAUACACUUGUCUAACUAAAUUUUGCUUGCACAAAUGCUUGAAUAAAAUGUUUGGCUUGUCAAA